UCGAAUUGCAAAUGCACGUGAGCAACGCGUGACAUUGAUGAAAGAAAGAGGGUUUUCGGCUCCCUAAACCCCUUGAUCCAAUUCCAAUUUUCCAGUGAAAGAAGCAGUGAGGAAGAAGAGCGAUUGCGUUGUAAGCUCGUGGAAUCGGGAGAUGUGGUUUGGCAGUGGCGCGUUUAGGGCUUCCACUUCGACUGGAAGUGGUUUGAUUACAAACGCCACUGCGUUUGUGAGGCAUUUCUCUCGGAAGCGCGCAGAGAAUUUGAGGAAAAUCAACCCCAAAGUGAGCUUUCCGGAGGCUAACUCCAUUGCUCGUGAUCUAUACGACGUCGUCAAGCAACAUGGCCCUCUCACCAUCUCCAAUACUUGGGUUCAGGCUAAGGAUUCUGGUCUCAGUGGAUUGAACAGCAAAACACACAUGAAGAUAAUGCUAAAAUGGAUGAGGGGAAGGAAGAUGCUGAAGCUGUUCCCCAACCAAGUUGGUUCCACCAAAAAAUUCUUGUUAUGUUCACUGCCUGAAGACCCUGAAGUUACUGAAUUUAGAACUUCCUCAGCAGUGAAGGUCCAAAAUAGGAAGCCUUCCGUGAAGCGCAAAAAGCAAAAGAAAUAAGAAGUCUGCCUGAGGCUUGGACCCUAUCGCCUUGCUCAGCGUGUUCCAUUGUGAUUUCAGUGCUCCCUUUAGCUGUAUGAGUCAACUUUUCCCUUUCCUACUUGUGCUGCUAUCAAUAGAUGUUUAACUAAUCUAUGGUUGUCUUUGGAAAUACUGUUCUUUUUGUUUUGUCCUCUUUUCGGAUGAGUUUAGGUCCGGUAGUGAUUACAGGUUGCUUGUAUAAUUUAGGAGGACAAAUUUGAUCAUUGAAAUAAUAUUGGUGGCAGAUGUUGUUUCGAAU